CUGCCGUGGCAAGGUCUAGAAGGGGCAGAAGCCACCACCCAGAGCAGACCAGCCAGCAGAGCAGUGCCGGUGCACCGGGCAGAAGCUGGGAGGAGAUGGGCUCGGCGAUGGAGCACGGGGGACCCUAUUCACGGGCAGGGGGCAGCCCCAGGGGCUGCUGGUACUACCUGCGCUAUUUUUUCCUCUUUGUCUCGCUCAUCCAAUUCCUCAUCAUCCUGGGCCUUGUCCUCUUUAUGGUCUACGGCAACGCGCACGUGAGUACCGAAUCCAACCUGCAGGCCACCGAGCGCCGGGCUGACGGCCUCUACGGCCAGGUGGUGGGGCUCACAGCCUCCCAGGCCAACCUGUCCGAGAAGCUCAACCUCACCUCCCGCGCCAAGGAUGCCAUCAUGCUGAUGCUGCUAAACGCCCGCCGCGACCUGGACCGAAUCAACGCCAGCUUCCGCCAGUGUCAGGCUGACCGGGUGAUCUACAUGAACAACCAGCGGUACAUGGCUGCCAUCAUCUUGAGUGAGAAACAAUGCCAAGAACAACUCAAAGAAAGUAACAAGAGCUGCGAUGCUUUGGCCCUCACACUGAACCAGAAAGCCAAGACACUGGAGGUGGAGCUGGCAAAGGAGAAGGUGGUAUGUACCAAAGACAAGGACAGUCUGGCGUUGUGCAAGCGAGCGAUGGAGGAACAGCUGGCCGAGUGCAGCAAAGCCCAGGAGCAGCAGCGGCAGGAGCGACAGCUGGCCGAGGACCGUCUGCAGAAGGUGCAGGCCCUCUGCCUCCCGCUGGACAAGGACAAGUUUGAGAUCGAGCUGCGCAACCUCUGGAGGGACUCCAUCAUCCCGCGCUCCCUUGAAAGCCUGGGCUACAGUAUGUUCCAUCCCCUUGGCUCGGAACUGCCCUCCAUCCGGAGAACCUGCGACCACAUGCCCACCCUCAUGAGCUCCAAGGUGGAGGAGCUGGCCCGGAGCUUGCGGGCUGGCAUCGAGCGUGUGACCCGUGAGAACUCGGACCUCCAGCGCCAGAAGCUGGAGGCCGAACAGGGUCUGCGCGCCAGUCAGGAGGCCAAGGAGAAGGUGGGGAAGGAGGCCCAGGCCCGGGAGGCCAAGCUCCAGGCUGAAUGUGCCCGGCAGACCCAGCUGGCCCUGGAGGAGAAAGCAGUGCUGCGGAAGGAGCGUGACAACCUGGCCAAGGAGUUGGAGGAGAAGAAGCGGGAGGCUGAGCAGCUCAAGAUACAGCUGGCUGUCAGCAACUCGGCCCUGGACACCUGCAUCAAGGCGAAGUCGCAGUCAAUACCAGUGCCAAGACCUGCAGGCCCUGCCCCCAAUCCCCCGCCCAUUGACCCAGCUGGGCUGGAGGAAUUCAAGAGGAGGAUCCUGGAGUCCCAGCGACCCCCUGCCAGCAGUGUCUUAGCAUCAGCUAGUGGCUGAGGAGGCUCUAGGCCCCGAGGACCGAGGGGUGGCCCCGACUCACCGGUCUGGAGACUAGGUGCAGCGAGACGCCCACGGCGAGGGACACAGCCAGGGUGGAGUCAGAUAACGCACGCACGACAAAGGGGGCGCCCUUGGCCUGCGUCCUCUGCUCAUCCUCCGCCACACCGCACCCACACCCCCUAACACUCUCUCCGCACCACACAAUCCCUCACCCCCUAGAUGCCGGGACGACGUCACAGAUGCAGUGACAUCAAUCACACAGACAUGGUGGUGACGUCACACAGAGACAAGGCAAUGACAUCACAGAGAUACACGGCGCCAUCACACACGCACUUUCUGCCCAGCCCUUGCCCAGAAUCACAUCCCUUUGUGCACGCGGGUCAAGGCACCCACAGCAUCCCACACUCAGCUGGAGCAUCUUAGUGCUCCAGGUCUGGGGGAGUGAGAACAGGAAGACAUUCACCUUCGUCCUCCCCUGAGAGUUUCCAGGCCCCCAAGAGAGGGAGCAUCUGGUCCAGGGGACCCCUCAGAGCCCACGAGGGUGCUGCCCCUUCACUCUCUCUCCCCUCCAUAUCCAGCCCUGCCUGUGACCCAUAUAAAUGUUAGUGGCACUAAAUAAAUGUUAUCAAAUCC